ACCGCCAUUACCACUUGAGAGAUCCCUUUGUCUGACGCAUUUAUUAGUUUAUCUCAUAUACGGGGUUACCUAGAUGGGAAUAUUGGGAGAAAACUUGGAUGUAGGAUUAUGUGGAUAUGUCUGACAUGUAAUAAAAGUAAUUGAGGAUUAAAGAGUGUAAAUGGCCUGGAGGUGGCGGGAGUGGGAGAGCGCAGGUCAGGAUCGACGCGACGCUUCCACCGACGCCGGAUGACCGCGCCUCUCAACAAUUUAUUUAUCUACCACCGCGACAGAUGAGAAAAUUCUUCCAAAAUGGGGGAUGGAAUGCUCUCACUCUACUGGAACAAUCACAGGGCCACCUUUUGUCAUAUACUGGCAACACUCAGGGAAAAGGAACGGUACACAGAUGCUACCCUGGCGUGUGAUGGCAAAUUUUAUCCUGUACAUAAACUGGUGCUAUCAACGUGUAGUGAAUAUUUUGAAAAAAUUUUCGAGCACACACCAUGUAAACAUCCAGUGAUAGUGCUCAAGGACAUAAAAGCAGAUGCUCUUGAGGCUCUGCUUAAUUAUAUGUAUGCAGGUUAUGUGAACGUAGCACAGAAUGACUUGGCGAGACUAAUAAAGGCCGCUGAGACCUUGUCAAUAAAAGGCCUGGCUGUACCUGAUGAACCACCUCCUGGGGAGGACAACAAAUCCAACCAGUCUCGGUCUGGGAGGGAAGAGAGAACGAGUCCUCAGCCAAAGAGAAGACGACGUGAGGAGAAUGCCAGCUCCCAGCCUUCCAACAGUCCCCCAUCAUCACCCAGAGCCUCUCCGUACCUGCCUGAUGGUGAACAGUCUCGAUCUAGAGCACCGAGUGAAGGGCACCGCUCAGAGAGAGUUGAGUCCACCGAACAGGCAGAACAACCUCCAUCACAAGAGUCUCAGGCAUCAGAAGUUAAGGUUAUGGUUGAUGAAUCACUAGUCAAAGAAGAAAUGGUAGAAACUUUAGAUAACAGUCAAUCAGAAGGAAUGGACACUAGUAUGCAGUAUGGUGGUGUGGGCAGUGAUCCCAGCAUGGAUGGUACUGGAGAAGAACAUUCCAACCGCAUGUUACCAAACAAAUAUGACCAACCUGUCAUCCCUGGUCAAGCGCAACCUCUUGCUGAUGCUGUGGCUGAGGCCUUAGCGGGCCCUUCAGGAAUGCAAGGGUGGCUUGGAAGUGAAAUGCCUGGGCCCGGUGGCUACACAGCUGAGGCUUAUGGGAGUGAGGGUAACCAAGAGGUUCACCCUGCACCAACGGGAGCAUCACACUCACAACAGCGGGCUGCAGCAAGAAUGAGCUCCAGGGAGGCUAAGGGGGCAAAGAAUUCGUUGGCUCAUCGGAAAGUCUCCUGUAUCAGUAAAGAGACUGGCUUCAUCACCAAAACUCACAGGAAACUUCCCUUUCGUAAGAGAAAUCCCAUAUCCAAAGCCUUCUUUUAUGGAAAUGGAAAAUUCUGUGCCCAGACAAGUUUCCGGUUUGAGGACAAAAUGUGGUAUGGACAGCUACUGCAGCAAUUGACUGGGGUGUUACCUUCCAGUCAUGCAGUGCAUGCUAGGUCCCAACAGUCUCCUGCUUCCAUGGCCAACCAGUCUUUGGGAAUGGUCUCUCGUUCUCGCUGUAGCUCAGUCUGGACACAAGAAAAGCGUCAGCAGCUGGAAGCAUCUUUCUUACAGUCAGUAGAUAGAGAGACCGAUAGAGAGAUAUCUAUGCAGGAGCCAAUCUUCCAUAUCCCUAAGCCCCCUGUGAAGUUGAGUUUAGAUAAAACAAAUUCUGAGUCAGGUAUUGUAGAAAGUGACGAUAGAAAUGGAACUCUAAGAGAAACGGAAGAAAUGUCACCUGAGCAGGAAGGCAAAACAACUCUAAAGAAUUCACUGGAUGAAUAUCUUCGGAAUGCACCCAUAUAUAACUUGGAUUGGUUGGAAUCCUUGAGAAAUAAGUUUGAAGUGCGUGCAAAGGCUUCUGAUUGUGAUGCAGCUAUGUUGGCAGAGACACAGAGACUUUUGGAAGAGAAAAGGAAGAAGUCACAAGCUUCUCUUGAUAAUUGUGUUGCAUUAAGGAUGAAACACCUUGAUCUAACUUACCCGGGAGAAACUGCAGAUGAGGAUGAACAGGAGGAAGAGUUUGUACCAUUGACACCAGAAAUGGAAGAAAUAAUCGAUAAUGCUCUGAUGAGAGGGCCACCAAAUCAAGUUCUGAUUGAUAAAUUCAAUACACAGAUCACCAGGCAUGAUAUAUCCACAUUAUCUGGCCUGAAUUGGCUUAAUGAUGAAAUUAUUAAUUUUUACAUGAAUUUGUUGAUUGAAAGAGGUAAAAAUGAUAAUUAUCCAAAGGUAUAUGCCUUUAACACAUUUUUCUAUCCAAAAUUGAUGAAGACAGGCUUUGCAUCAGUGAAAAGAUGGACUAAGAAAGUGGAUCUUUUCAGUCAUGAUCUGCUUCUCAUACCAGUUCACUUAGGAAUGCACUGGUGCCUGGCUACUAUUGAUCUCCGUACAAAAUGUGUCAGAUACUUUGACUCUAUGCUAGGUGAUAAUGAUAAGUGUUUAGAAGCACUACUAAAAUAUCUAGAAGAUGAACAUCAAGACAAAAAGUCAUCACCUUUUGAAAAGACUGGUUGGAUGGCUGAGAAUGUGAAGGACAUACCUCAACAAAUGAAUGGAUCAGAUUGUGGGAUGUUUGCAUGUAUGUUUGCUGAAUAUUUGUCCCGUGAUGCCGACAUAACCUUUGACCAGCAGCACAUGCCAUACUUCCGAAGAAAAAUGGUGUAUGAAAUUGUCACAGCCAACCUUCUUUAAUGAGGUGCUUGAAACUUGUAGUUUUAGGUAGGUGAAAAGUCUUAAGACUUCAAGUAGAUGAAGGAUUAACAAUUUUUGUUAUGUGAUUGCAUGAUUUGUCAAUAUUCACAGGAGUGGUUUUGAGUAAAUAUUAAAGGUAUUCCAUAAUAGUUGACGUAGCUGGUUAAUAUUACAAUGAAAGGAAUUUGUCUAAGUCUCUCUCUCUCUCUCUCUCUCUCUCUCUCUCUCUCUCUCUCUCUCUCUCUCUCUCUCUCUCUCUCUCUCUCUCUCUCUCUCUCUCUCUCUCUGGAAAAAUAAUUGCCACCAUUGAGCUUUGCAACAUUUGAAAAUGUCAUUAGUGAUUUUCCAAUUGGAUUCUACAUAAAAAAAUGACUAUGUCUGGAGGAUUAUUCAUUCAAAAAAAGAACUAGUUGAAGAAUCAUAAUUUUACUGUUGCUGCAGAAAGGUGGAGCUUUACCAAUGGAUUCUGAGAAGGCCUAAUGUCACAUGUUGUAGGUUGUAGUGGUGUACUGCAGCAUCUACAUCUGGCUCAGGUUGGCAUGAUAGAUGCUCAUGGAAGUACCUAUUGAUGUUUAAGAGUAAUUAUUCUGUUAUACUUAUAAAUGCUUACUUGCAAAUGAAAACUUUGAAAACUAGGAUGUCUUCACAGACUGUAGAUGAACUUAAAAAAAGAAAAAAAUAAUUUAAAAAAAUAUCCAGGAGUUGUAAUAGUACAUGGUGUUGGCAGGAAAGUUUGGGGAGUGGUUUGUGAUUCCAGUUAUUCAGUAGACCAGUUUAAGGUAUAAAUACAAAGUAAGGAAAUGCAAACUGGUGAUGGCUGUGUAUUUUUGGUUGAUAGUAACCACAAUAUAUAUCUCCAUAUGUAUGUUUGUUUUUUUAACUUUUGUAAAUUGUAUUGCUGAUUAGGAGCUAGUAAUUUCAAUCUCAUUGUGGUUUGAAAUAUUUAAUUUAAUAACUACAGCAUUAAUAUAGUAACAAUAGUGAUUAGGGAAAACAUGUACAUGACAUCAUUAACAAACUGGAGUAUAAGACAAUAGGAAAUUACUUCACUGUCAUUCCAUUUUUACCUAAAAACAUCAUUGAAAGUAUCCUUUGAAGUCUUACUCAAGAUGCAUAAUUCUCUCUCUCUCUCUCUCUCUCUCUCUCUCUCUCUCUCUCUCUCUCUCUCUCUCUCUCUCUCUCUCUCUCUCUCUCUCUCUCUCUCUCACACACACACUCACACACACACACACACACACACACACACACACACACACACACACAUAUUCACACUUUCAUGUCAUUCCAAGGUUGUUAAGCAUUACAUAAAAUCUGUGUUAGUUGUAAAGAAAUAAAGCACUCUCUCUCUCUCUCUCUCUCUCUCUCUCUCUCUCUCUCUCUCUCUCUCUCUCUCUCUCUCUCUCUCUCUCUCUCUCUCUCUCUCUCUCUCUCUCUCUCUCUCUCUGCUGCUGCUCUGCUGCUGCUGCUGCUGCAUUGUAAAUCAGUUGCUUUAUACUGGUUGUGUAAUUUAUUUAUUUAUUGGUAAACCUAAUUUAUUUUAGAUCAACACCUAUGCUUGGAUGUUUGGAGUAUUUUCAGUGUUUUAUAUCAAUAUCUUAGGAUAGUUGUUAACAUUUCUAGUUAUUAGAUUUAGUUUUUUUGUGUUAGUUUAAUAGGCUUCACUGCAGAUGAACAUAAGAAGGAACAAGUUGACAAUUAAAAUGUAUGUUGUAUUAAUAUGGAGUUCCUAAAGAUAUGCUUUGCUAGUAAUGUGCUGCAAUGCUACUUUAUGAGGACCUAAGUUUUGUAUAAAUGCCUAAUUUGUGCAGAGAUUCAUAUUUGAGAUGAGUCUGGUGUGCAUUGAGUUUUGGAAAUGCAGUGGCUUGUAAGUGACUGGCCUGAAUACGCUGAGGGGUAGGUGGCUGCUGUUGGCUGGCUGUGAUGUUAUGAACUACGAGUAUGAUCAGGUCAAGUCAAGACACGGUUUUGUAAUGUGGGAAAGAAGUAGUGAUUUCUGUUUUAGUGUUAAUGUAUUUUAUGUUUCCAGUUCAAGUUAUUAAAAUGCUGCAGAAA